ACUGUUUCACCGGAAUUCAACAAAGACUCGCCGUAGAAGAAGAAGAGUAAAGAAAAAUGGGAUGGAACGAGAACUGGACGAACGCCGGGACCGGACUUCCCUCCCUCUGCAAUAAGGGAUGCGGAUUUUUCGGAUCACCGGCGACGAACGGACUCUGCUCCAAGUGCUACACCGCCGAGAUGGUGGAGAGGGCCACGUCCGCCAUGGAGGAGCUCGCGCUGACGGCGGAUCUCCGCCCCGAGGAGGUAGAUCUGGCGAUUUCCGCCAUGGAGAAGCUCGCGCUGACCACAAAUCUCGGAGCCGAAAUCAGAGAUCCGGCGUUCGCGUGGCCGGUCAGUUCGGCGAAUUCAGCCGGAGAGGCGCUGCCGCCGCCGUGCGAUUCGAACAGGUGUGGGAGUUGCCGGAAGAAGAUGGGGCUGGUGGCGUUCAAUUGCAAGUGCGGGUUCGCCUUCUGUGUGGCCCACCGCUACCCUGAGACGCACAACUGCACCUUUGAUUUCAAGGCCGCGGGUCGGGUCGCCAUUGCCAGGGAAAAUCCGGCUGUGAGGCCCGAUAAAAUCCAGAGGUUCUGAUUAAUGAGGAUUGAGAAUUUCGU